AUGCGCCGCCGGGCCCUCAAUCCCUCCGCGCCGCCCUCUACGACCAGUGCGCCAAUGUCCAGGGUGCGCAAACCGCCGAAAGUCACCAUCGGCGAAGGGACGGAUAGCCCGCCGUCGUCCAACGAACGGCAUCGGCGAUCAUCGCUUCGGCAUCGGGUGUCGGCCCGCGCGGUCGGAGAAGGAUGGUGUGAUGCGUCGAGCAUCCGAUCGCGCUCGCGAUGGAUCCAGCGGCGGCAAUUCGUGCGUCGCGGCGAUAAUAGAGAUCGUCAUAGCAAUUGGGUUUCACCCAUUCCCCGGCGCCGCCGUACCAAUAGCGCGCCUCACUUCAGGGAGCAGGGCUUUUGGGUAUGGGAUGUCGCAAUCGCCGAUCGACCGUCCACGGCCUGCGGCAAGCCCCGCCGCAACGAAUGCGGUGCCCUUCAGCAGGAUAACGGGGCAAUUCAGCUCGGUCAGCGCAUGGGCCACCCGGUUGGCCUCCCCAAAGCAAUACAGCCCCCUUCGCGCCUCAGCACGGGCAUCGUCCGCACUGUCAUGACCGCGGCCGGCAGGCGGGCCAUCAACCCGUGCGCCGGGCUGUAA